AUGGGCGGAGGCAACAGAGACCAAAACGUUUUGCCACAGUCGUGGGGUUCAGUUCCGCGGGUCUCAGAGCGCGAUCAAGAUACGGGAGGGUCCUCUGCAACAGUGUGUGCAAGGAUCCUAAAGGAGAAUCAGACCUGCGUGCAACAUAAGGAGAAAUGAUGACUAGUAAAUGCAUGGAGGCAAUCGAAGGGUGAAAGGGAUAUGCAGAAAGAAUUUCAAGAGUUCUUGCAUCCCAGUAGCUCCCGACAGCGAAGCCAGCUGUUAUAGGAAUGUGAAAGUAAAUUUGCUUUAUCACAUAUUUAAGAGCAAGUUAUUUGGAAGAACUUUUGAACCAAAAUCUCUUUUUAAGUUUUGUACGCUAUUUAUAUUGUCUUACUAGUGUUCUAUUAGUGAGAGUUACUAUAUAAAACAUAUACGUCUUGAGAGUGUCGUGUUUAUAUAAUUAAAAAAAAAGUGUUUAAGAACCAAAGCUUGUUAUCAGAGGAAUAUAAAUUAGUGAAUACAAGAAGUAUAUAAAGAGCAAGAAACGAAACUGUUUAAAAGAAGGCAUUCAGUAAUUAUUUUAUUCACUGAGCAAAGAUCUUGUCAAGAAAGUGUUACAUAACCAGAAUCAGGUCAGAAUAAUAUUGUAGUAGAAGAAGAUGGGUGAUAUGUCCCACGAUCAGCGAAGCCUUGCCAGGGAGGAGUAUCGGUUGAAUACCUUUGGGAGCAGUGACUUCGUUGUUGACAAGAAGAAGUUUGCCGAGGCGGGGUUUUAUUACACAAAGAAAGGAGAUGACGUGAAGUGCUUUGACUGCAAGUGGGAAGUGGAUGCCAAGACCAUCAGUCCGGCAGAUGACAUUGCAAGAAUUCACAAAGAGAGAAGACCUGACUGCCCCUUUGCACAGGGUUUAAAGACCAUUCCCAGGCCCACUAGAAAUAAAACCUUUAUAUCUUAUGAUAGUCUGAGAUACGAGAAAGAGCGAUUGGAGACUUUCAUUGACUGGCCUGUGAAGUGGCUGGAUCCAUCAGAGUUAGCCAGUGAUGGAUUCUACUACUUGCGCACAGCCGACCACUGCGCUUGUGUGUUUUGCCGAGGCAUAGUGGGCGCUUGGGAGGUGGGAGACACACCAAGAGGAGAGCAUCAGCGCCACUUUCCACACUGCCCAUUUAUCAGGGGUCAACCAGUUGGUAAUGUGCCUAUUCAUCAUAGCAACAUCCUAGCCUGUCUACCAAGCAUAGAUUCCACGGCCCAGAGCAAUAGUACCAGCACUCAGAAGCGAGGCACAGAUGAAUGCGGAACGUCAAGGCACAUGGCUGGUUCCUAUCCAGAAUGUCGUGGACCCCCCAACAAGCCUGACGUGUCCUGGGAGGAGAUUGGCCUGCCGCAGUACUCUGGGCCAAAACGCAAGGACUUCCUGACGUGUGAGAGUCGACUUGCAAGUUUCGUGAGGUGGCCUGAACGUGUCACCCAGAAGCCAAGUGAUUUAGCAGAUGCUGGAUUCUUUUAUUGUGGCUUGAGUGACCAUGUCCGUUGCUUCCACUGUGGGAAUGGUCUUCGUAACUGGGAGAAAGAUGACAUACCUUGGAAUGAGCAUGCUCGCUGGUACCCUGAGUGUAGCUAUGUUCUCUUGAAGAAAGGACAGGACUUUAUUGACAAAGUUCGACGUGAGAAACCACCAUACAUCCGCAAAGCCCCCGCAGCAAAGCCAAGUACUAGCACAGUAUCGGCAAGUGCCACACCAGGAGGUCGCACAGUCUCUGACAAAGAUUUAGAUCCUUUGAUGGAUUUAGAUAUCAUACGAGGAGUAUUGGGCAUGGGAUUCCCAACACACAUAGUAAGGGCUGCUCUAAAAGACCAGGUUCAAAAGGCUGGUAUGCCAUUUUUCAGCAUGGAGCCCUGUAUUGAGGCUGUCCUUCAGAAAAUGGAAGAAGAAACAAGACAGACACUACAGGCUGACCCUAUUGAGAGUGAAGCAACAGAAAGCCAGGUUGCCAAGAUUCAGUCAAUCCAUUCUAGGAGUGAGACUGCACAAAAUAGUGAAGUAGCUGGUUCCAGUUCUCCAUCCACUUCUGGUGCACAAGCAUCAGCUGCCUCAGAGCCAUCCACUUCUUCAGCCUCUGAGGAUAUCACUGGAACUUUACCCACUCUUCCAACCCCAUCCACAUCUACCAACACAGAACAUUUACCCACACUACCAAGUCCACCUAGAAGUACAGAUACCACAACACCUGUAUCAGGACAACAAGAAAGUUCACAAGAAAGUUCAGCAACAGCACAGAACACAAGCUCCACUUCACCCCAGCAAAGCCAAGGAGAUGACGAGGCAAUGGAAGUCGAUGAAAGAGGUGCAGAUGUCCAUCCCAUGGAACGAGUGAUCAUGCAGGCUGAUGAGAUAAUGAGUAUGGCAGAGGAAGCCUUAAAACCACCAAGUUCAGGUCCUCCUUCUCUGGGCCAGUCAGACCUUAAAGUUGUCGGUGAAGGCGAGGGUUCUGCAGUGUUGGAGCAAGCAUCAACGUCUGGUGUGAAACAUCAAUCUGGAGCAGUUACUUCACCACAGUCUACUAAGGAACUGGCAGAUGAGCUUGAAAGAAUCCGUGACAUUCGCAUGUGCAAAGUCUGCAUGGAUGCUGAGAUGGACGUCGUGUUCCUACCCUGUGCACAUAUGGUUACUUGUGCUUCUUGUGCAGUCGCUCUUACUCAGUGUCCCAUCUGUAGGAAAGACAUCAAAUUCACCAUCAAACCUAUUGUCUCCUGAAGUGUGAAAAUAGGGAAUAAACAUAGUGUGUAUCUGCUUUUGUAAUUAUAGCAUGUAUAAAACAUGUGCACAUUGUAUUCAGAAAUGGGUUUGUAUUGAUUUUUCAUAUUUUCAUACUGAGUUUUACGGCAAUUCUUUUUUAAAGCAACUUUUAAGUUCCUUCCAUAUGAUUGGGAGAAUAAUUAGAUUGAGAAUAUUAUUUUAUAGUUAAAUUUGAAAUUUACUUCCUCUCAUAUAAGUUUUUCACUAAUGCACACAUGCAACCUAACAUGGCUUAUGCUAGUGUGCAAAGCUUUAAAGUUUCCUCUUCAAUGCAAUGCAAUGCAACAUUAUAAAUAUAUAACUACGGAUUAAUGCUAUGCGUCGUAAUUAAAGGACCUCUAUUAGUGAAUCAAUCUGUUUUCCCUUGGGAAAUUCUGUGAUUUAUUCUGAGUAAAAUCCCAUUAUAAGAGAAGGAUCACCGCUUACAUUGUCCUUUGUGAAUUUGGACUUUGAGAUCCCGAAUAUGACAUAUAUGUGACCGAGACAUAUCCAUAUAGAGUGUGUUUGUGUUUAUUUUCUGGUAUCAGUUUUACCUUUCUGCUCAAGCAUAUAUCUCAGAUGCAAAUGGCAUUAAGAAUGUCUUAUCACUGCUGCUUAUUGUACAUUAUUAAGAGACAGAUGAUUUCUAUUUAAUGGUGCUAGAUGGUUUUUACUUGAAUAAACGGCAGUGAAAAUACAAGGCAAGAGAAUGUCAGCCCUCCUUGUAAUGGAUCCCUAUGUGAAGUUUUCUAAGUGAGAGAAGAGACGGUUCCUGGUCUCGUUAUCCCAUUUUCACCUUUAUAAGAUACAAGACGUUGCAGCUAAAUUGUUAUGCUUCAGUGAGAGUUUAAAGAAACAGUUAGCCAAAAUUUGCAGGUUCAUAAAUAAUGUGAAGGAUUCAAAUGCACACAUCCAUGUGUGCGUGUGUGUGUUAAUACACACAAAAUUAUGGAAAAUUCAAGGAAAUACAAUAUAUUUAUUCAGUCGGGGCAGAAAGGAAUUGGCCACCUUACCAAGGCUUCUUCAACAAACAUGCUAUGGUUGUUCAGCAAGAUAAACUCUUCAUAAUAAUAAUGCACCAGUAAGCCAAGCAGAUGAUUAUGUAUAGUUGGUUUAGUCCUGACUUCGAAGGAGAAACUAAGGCGACUGUGAAGUAAAGAAUUUUUGUGGAUUCAUUAAAGGACUAUUAUACUGGUCAGUAAUUUGUUAAGUAAGGUAAAGGCGAUUUUUCAAUACCAUUAAUAAGGAAUUCUGGGUAAAUCUUCGUUAUGGGGGAUGUGAUAGCACUGAAUUGUAUGUUUGUAAAAAUGCUACACUUGACCUAAAGAGGCUUUCAAAUAUCUUUUAAUAAAUGCAAUCACUUAAA